AUGGCUCCAGUCAAGUAUAUCUUCGUCAGCGCAGGGCUGUUGGUGUCCGUCAUGGCCGACUACGUCGCCUUCACAGAGUGGCCUGCCGCCCUGGUCGCUGGUGAACCCGUGAUGUUGAGAUGGAUGGGAGGCAAUGGCGCCCCCGCCACAAUCACCCUCCGCAAAGGCCAAUCUACAGACCUGCAAGACGUGCAAGUGUUGUCUAAGGACGCCAACAAUGGCGAAUUCAGCUGGACUCCUCCCACCGACCUCCAGAAUGGUGACAACUACGCUUUUGAGAUUUCUCAAGGAGACGAAAACAAUUACACUGGCAGUUUGUCAAUGACUGGUGGCUCAGAUACACCCAAAGAAAAUGUAAAUGGGUUGAACAAAACGAAGUCAACGGAGAGUAUGAGCAAUUCUGCUUCUACUGCCACUGAUACCGCGUCUAAGACGGCGGUGACUGAUUCCACCGCUACGGGGACGGCAUCAGCGACAGAGACGACAGGUUCGACCGCGUCGGAUGCCACUGCCACGACAACAUUUGGUGCUACGGCUAGUGACGGAUCCAGCGCGACAACAUCGGGAGCCGAAACAACCGAGACCGCUCUGGCAUCGCACAUGAACACUCCCUUCGUGGGAUCGCACCAGUCUACCUCCACGGCAACUUCUUCGUCGAGCGUGCAAACCGGUGCGGCGGGUCGGGUUGGUAUUCCCCUUGCUUUCCUUGCUGGCGCCGCGGGUUUUCUGUUUUUGUUUGUGUAG